AUGGCAGGCCAGCCCUACAACUUCGCGCCCGAUCGCGUCACCUCGCCUUUUGACCGUCGUCCGCAGAGCCCCUUCACUUCCGGCCAGCCACCCUCUUUCAAGACAAACAUCAACCGCAACAAGACGCGCAAGUGGGUCGAAGCCAAGGCAUACAACUACGACGGCGACGACUGGGGCGACUAUGACGAGGACGACGAGUACGGAGUCGCCGCCCAUGCUUCUACCGCCCCCCAGCCGCCCGCGGCCUUCCGCAAGCGCGGCCUGAGCAUCGGCAAGAAUGGCCAGCCUCGCAGCUUCACCGAGCCCAGCGUGGCCCCCGGAGAGCCCUCGUCCGCUCGUCGCAACUCUUUCGAACAAGGCGACGAAAAGCGAGCCUUUUCCGCUUCCAACGCCAUGCCGCAAUCCCCUCCGCGCAUCAACACGACCGUUCUUGGCGGCGACGUCCAGCCCUCGGCCAAUACCAUGACUGUCAGCCCCAGCGUUUAUUCGCCCGCUACACCCGCCACAGGCCCCUCCACCCACCACCAACCCCCGCAUGACGCCACGUCACAGAGCCGCCAGUCAAGCUGGAACCAGUCGGUAGCUAGCGACUCGUCCCUCUUUAUGGAUCCUCACCAGCGUCGUGACUUCGAACAGUCUUUCCUGCCGCAGCCACUGCAGAUGCGCGGCGCAUCGCCUGCGCCCACCAGCGCCCCCGACCCGGCUGCCGCGCAGCACUUCCCUCCCCGCAAGAGCAGCCUCAGCUCGCCCACCGAUCAGCGAAGGCCGUCUUUCCCCCAGUCAGGUUCGUCCUUUCAACAGAUGUCUCCUUCAUCUGCCCCAACCCCCGCAAGCCCAAGUAAGAUUGUGCGCCCUGCAGAUAUCUACAAGCGACUGGAAGAGACGCGUCAGCGUGAGAGGGAAUCUAUGGACUCAGACAGGCCGUCUUUGGACGGUCUGACCAGCCCCGUCGAGGACCAGCGUGGCCAAGAGCGAGGCAGGCCACUGCGCACCUCACCGCUCGAGACGGUCGCCGAGCGCAAGAGCGAAUAUCUGCCCGAGUUUUCGCUCAACGAGCCGGAACCCCAGGCGCAGACCGCUCAAGCCCCGGCGCCCGUCGCGAGCUCUGAGGGCUCAUUACCAGCUCUCCUUCCCCCCGUCAGGCCUGUGUCUAAUUUUGAUACUGAUUUCUUGCGUUCUGCAGACACUCACGACGCCUCGCAAGCGUCAAGCACUCAAGCAACAAACACUCCCGAGAUCCUUGCGCAAGCAAACAGGCAGCUGCCCGAGCCAGAGGUUGGGCCGACGGGCGACGCCCAAUUACAGCACCAGCCGUCGCUCGGAUUUAGGUCCGCGGUCCGCGACGCUUUCUACCGGCCCGAUGACAACUCGGUCCCCCCAACGCCGAUUUCCAAAACCGACUCUCUCGGUACCGGCGCCUCCGAGGUGACGAGAAGUGACACUACCAGCACGGCUGGCAUCAGUCCGAUCAUGAGCAGGGUCCCUAGCGGAGCGCGUCCUGGGGGCAAGAAAGGAAAGGAACCGGAUUAUUCCCACCCCUCUAUUGCCGAGGAACCGGGCUCAAGGCCCGUAUCGAUUGGAACUAUCCGUCAGGUCAAUCGCAAGCCCUCGCCAUCGACGUACAAUCCCGAAACGGUGCCCAGAGUUUCUACACCGACUGGACGCCGGAACCUGGGGACGCCAAGUCCCAGCCAUAGCCCUGCGCGGUCACCUGCCAUUGCGCCCGCACAAAACCUUCCAGAGCCAGAAGCCGCUGACCUUGGAAUGGCCAGCCCAGCAGAUGCGGACCCGGCGAGCCCGAAAAACUUUCUCACAAGAGAGGCGGAUCUCGCGUCUCCGUCGCGGAGCUCCGGACGCACGAGCCAAGACGCGGGGGCCGAGUUGCGGCAUGCGCAGACGUCAUUCCUUGAGCACCGUCAAUCACUCUCCUUGGACACAUCCGCCCCCACAUCACCGAUCUCCGCGUCUGAAUCACCCACCAAGGGUCGCGUUCGCGACAUUGCUAACAGGCUCAACGCUGACUCGAGGAGAAACUCGACGCAGUCGGUCACAUCCGUGAAGAGCAGUGGCUCUGGUAGCAAGCUCCAUAGGUCGCGCUCCACGUCGCCCGUCAAGCGGCUGCCAAAUGAUGCGCGCCCAAAGCCCGAAAGAGCCAGCACAUUCAGGCCACAACUGCCGGGUACCUGGGAAUCGUUUAACACGUCGGUGUCGGAUCCGGCUACGCCAAGUGAGGCAAAGUCUGAACUUGAUCUUAGGACUCCAGCGCGCCCGGCUUCUACCAAGACUGGACAAGGGCCGCUUGAGGAGACAGACAUCACUCCUACCACGAGCAAGCGGCCGCUCGACCACAAGGAUGCGGUCGACCCUGCCGCCAAUCCGAUGGGGGCUCUGGCAGCUGCGGGUGCCGCCAUGGGCGAGGCGCUCAAAUCAGCUGUGGGAGCCGGUGAGAAGUCGGAACCGCAGUCUUGGGAGAACUCGGCUGCGUCUUCGGCUGAGAACUUGCCUGUCGAGGAGGAAAAGAAAGACAGAUCCGUUGGUGAUGUCUACCUUCGUCCGCUCCAAUUGGAUCGCAAGGCUUCCUCCAUCGAGUCGGACAGCAGUGUCCCGCCUUCACCUCCGGCCGACGAACAACAGACGCCAUCAGUUGAAGAGGAGAUCCGGAUGCCGUUGCCCCUGAAGUCGAGAGAGCCUUCGGUCCACUCUGAAGGUGAAUUCCUGUCGGCGAGACGUCCCGACAUCGUCACGCAGCUGAGCACGGAGCCUGCUUCGUAUGACACCGAGAGUGACAGGCUGCGGAAAGAAAUUGUCGCUCGUCUCAGCACCCCGAGUUUGGCUUCCGAAAAUGCCGAGGGCGCCCGCGCCCUAUCACUCUCGGCGCAGGCUGCCGGCCCGGAAGGGCGUACGGCCUCUCCGAACAACCGAGUGAGCAUCGCCAUCCCUACCGAAUAUGGCGAUUACUGGGCCCGUUACGGCGACGAUGAUUCGCUCGACCGGAUGCCAACGCACGACUCCACUCAUUCGGCUGCAGCUGCCCCUGAGCACACCGUUCGCCCAACCAUGCCUGACAGAUCCAAGACUUCCACUGGCUCUGAAAGUACUGGCGCUCACAACCCCUUGGUCAAGCGGUUCAGCUGGGAACAAGACUCCGCAGCGACUACGCCUUCGGCUGGUGCUGCACCGAGAGUCACACUCCCGACAACUGAGUUACCCGCUGCUAGCAAAUCACCUCCCACCAAUCAAUCAAGCCAAGAACCUGACCGAUCUGGAAAUAGAGCAUCCAUCGCCCAAGCCAUCGCCGAAAUGCCGGAUGGCCGCCCGAUAUCCGCUGACGGACUGCAUAUUAUCAAUCCGGAACCUGAAUCCGAUUCUGAUGUCGCCGAACUCGAGGCUCCGGCUGCACCGGCCCAGCCACACCAACCUCCUGGAGACCUCUCCCUCGCGGCAAGCCUGGAGCCCGCGCUUUCUGCCACCCAGACGCCACCGCCUGCCUCGCCGGCCCCGACGACGCCGCAAGCCAAGGUUCCACUGUUCCGUGAGAUCCUUGCCCUCAAGUCUUGCGAUGAGCGGGUCGCCAAGUACAACGAGACGCGCGAGCAAUUCGCCAACAUGGAGACCGGUUUGCGCAAUUGGAUCUCCUCCACGUUGGAGAAGAAGCCUGAGCACUCUCACCUCAUCAGCCUACCCACGCAACCGCUGCCACCGCUCACGAGCGGCGGCGGUGGAGGUUUGGGCGGCAUGAGGCACAAACACAACAAGUCCCUGACGACGGGCCUGCGCAAGGGCAGCGGCAUGCAGGGGCAAUUUCUUGACUCUAGCGCGGCGAACAGUGCGGGUUCGCCCACGGGCCAGCAGGUCACGAGCCCGGGUGCUCCCGCCAACAAGAUGCAGUCGAAGGGUAAAGACUUGCUGAAGGGCGCGGGAGUGCUGGGCGGCAAGGGAAUGAAGGAGGCGAGAGGGUUCUUUUCCAAGGGCAGGAGCAAGUGGAGGGGCAGCGGGGCUGACAGCAAGGUAGAUUGA